AUGAGCAGCAACAACCAAGUCUACGUCGAUAUGGCCCACGUCAGCGGUGAAAAGCUGCUGCUCGACGUGCCGAAAAUGAACCUCGAGUGGCGCCACAUCAGGAAGACGGUGCUGGUCAAGCCACCGGGCGCCAAGAGCAGCGUCGACAAGGUCGUCCUUAAUGACGUGAGUGGCUCGGCGAUGGCUGGCGAGUUUGUCGUGCUCAUGGGUCCGUCCGGCGCCGGCAAGUCGUCGCUCCUCGACGUCAUCUCGGGUCGCCAGCCGUCGACGUCCGGGUCCGUGCUCGUCAACGGCGCGCGCUGGUCCAAGGCGACGGCCAAGCAGGCAUCGUACGUCAUGCAAGAUGAUAUCUUUUACGAGACGCUCACGGUCGAAGAGCACCUUUUAUUCCAAGCCGAGCUCCGCAUGGGCAAGCACUUUGACGCGGCGCAGCGGCAGGCGCGCGUCGAGUUUGUGCUGCGCGAACUUGGUCUCGUGAAAUGCCGCAACGCGCAAAUCGGCGGCGACAAGAUCCGCGGCAUCUCGGGCGGCGAGCGCAAGCGCCUGAGCUUCGCGACCGAAAUUCUGACCAACCCGUCGCUGCUGUUUGCGGACGAGCCGACCUCGGGUCUCGAUUCCGUCAUGGCCGAGUCGGUCGUUUUGCAGCUCCAAAAGCUCGCGCGCGAAGGGCGCACGGUCAUUGCUACCAUCCACCAGCCGUCGUCCGAGCUCUACCCGCUCUUUGACAAGCUCUACUUGCUCUCGGACGGCGAGACCGUCUACAACGGCAAGGCGUCCGACGCCGUCUCGUAUUUCGCCUCGCACGGCUACCCAUGCCCGAGCUACAUGAACCCGACCGACUAUUUCAUGAAGCAGAUCGUCGCGCUCGAGCCCGAGGCGAAAGCACGCGUCCAGUCGCUGGUCAAGGCGUGGAAACUCCAAUCGGCUGGCACAAAAUCCGAUCUCGAUGGCAUGCUCGAGGCGACGGACGACGGUGCAACGUACGAAGCAACGCACCUCGGGCUCGCCGGGCAGCUCCGCGUGCUCUGCAAGCGCAACGUAACGCGGCUCGUUCGCGACAAGAUCGCGUUUGGUGCGCGCGUGGGGCAGACCAUCUUUACGUCGGUCUUUGCGGGCCUUAUCUUUUGGCAGCUCGAGCUCUCUCAGACCAGCGUCCAGUCGUUCACGGGCGCGCUCUUCUUCGUCUCGAUCAACCAAAUGUUUGGCGCCGCAACGCCAGAAUUCAUCGCAGUGCCCUCGGAGCUCCCGCUCAUGAAGCGCGAGUACGACUCGGGCAUGUACCACGCGUGGGUGUGGUAUCUCGCCAAGAACGUCAGCGAGCUCGCCUUUCAGAUCGUAUUCCCGUUGCUCUUUUUGGUGCCUGUCUACUUUAUGGUCGGCUUUGGUGCCUCGGAUGCGACGCUCUUCUUCUCCAUGUACGUGUUCAUCGCGCUCAUCACGAGCGUUGCGACAGCGCUCGGCUACAUGGUGUCGUGCGUUGCCAAGAAUGCGGACGUCGCCAACAUUCUCGGCAUUCUGCUCUUGCUGCCGUGCGUCAUCUUUGGCGGCCUCUUCCUCAACUCGGACGACAUUCCUGUGUACUUAAAAUGGGCCGAGUUCCUCACGCCGCUCAAGUACGGCUUCCGCGGCAUGAGCCGUGCCUUCUGGAACACGAUUCACUCGAUUCCGUGCGAAGCGGGCAAGAUCUGCACCGCCUCGAACGGUGUCGAUGUGCUCAAGAGCCUCUCGCUCAACGACCAUACCAUGCUCUACGACGUCAUCUUCCUCCUCUGGAUCAACGCGCUUUAUCGUCUCAUCGGUCUCGCGGCGCUCUACAACAAGGUCUACAAGCGCAACUAGAGAAACGAAAA